UAAGGCUCCUAUACAUAUAACGAUACUAUAUAACAGAGGGUUGUGCCAAGCAGAUUAGGCUAACAAAAAUUGUUCGCGGUCUUCAACAAGCAUUGAUCAUCCUGCAAGAGGACAAAUCAGGAUGUACACAAUCUUCAACACACAUGCAAACAUCGUUCAAAAGGAAAGAUCAGAAUUUGUAUUCGUUUCCUUGGUAUUAAUAUCCAAGUAGCUUUAUUUUGGAUCAAUUCGACCGUUUUACUUCUUGACGAAACUUUUUAUUUUCGAAAGCAGAUGUGGAACUGCGAGGGUGGGAUGCGUUUUGGGGAAAUUCGCGAUUGGGCGAGGGUAGCAAGGGUCGGAGCGGACAAGUAGCAAGAGUCGACGGUACGGGUGGACGCGCUGUGAGAAAGCCCAUAAAAGGGAGAUCGCGAGGGUGUUCGGAGCACAGUCGCGCACCGUCUGUCCGUUAGUACGGUACGCGGCACUCCUCGACGUACGUGCUACGCUCGGUCGGAGCAUCAUCUCGGGACGAGCAACAGUUAUGCCCUCAGAUCAUCGCGUCAUUGGCUGACACGGUCCAAUAUUUAAACUUCGUCACGCGUGUGUGCGCGUACGUAUGGCGUAUGGCCCACUCAAUGGUAUGGCAUCGCGGGACAUUGUUCUUUGCUUCUUCCUCGCCGCGCACCUCUACUCAAGUUUCGGUCAAACGAUGCCGAAGUCCGAGCUCCAGCCAGAAUUUCUAGCACUCUUGGAGAACCACACGGUCAUUCAAGGUCGUGACGUCUCCUUCACCUGCGUCGUUAAUCAUCUUCAAACUUACAAGGUCGCCUGGUUAAAGUCGGACUCCAAAGCUAUCCUGGCCAUUCAUACGCACAUGGUCGCGCACAACCCACGGCUGUCUGUCACUCACAACGGACAUAACACGUGGAAACUGCACGUGACCAACGUUCAACCGAACGACUCGGGCACGUACAUGUGUCAAGUUAAUACGGAACCCAUGAGGAGCCAGACGGGUCACAUGAAGGUAGUGAUACCGCCCGAUAUCAUGGAUUUGGACGACUCGGCCGACCUCCUAACGGCUAAAGAGAACAGUGAUCUGCGAUUACGGUGUCGGGCCACAGGGACGCCGAAACCUAUGGUCACCUGGAAGCGGGAGGAUGGCCGAAAUAUCACCCUUCGAACCGAGCACGGUGUUAAACGAGUGAAGGUGCACGAGGGGGAGCAGCUUUAUCUAACAGGGAUUCUGCGUCAGGAAAUGGGCUAUUACCUUUGCAUCGCGUCGAACGGCGUGCCGCCGUCAGUCAGCAAAAGAUAUUACGUCAACGUUCGGUUUAAACCACUGAUUAAAGUCCCCAACCAAUUAGUAGCGGCACCUGCUAACAGCGACGUCGUUCUUCAUUGCUACGUCGAGUCCUCGCCGAAAGCUCUGAAUACAUGGUACAGGGACGACGGUAUAAAGUUAUUGCCGGACGAGAAACACAAUCUAUCGGAGGUGCCGUUGAACGAUUAUGCAUAUCAAUUAAAUCUGACCAUCAAGAGAUUGAGCAGGGACGACUUCGGCAGCUACACCUGCUCCGCGGAGAAUCUACUCGGCAAGACCGAGGGAACGAUAAGGCUGCAAGAAUUGUUUCUACCGAGGACCACCUUAGCGCCGACCCGCAACACGGAUUUCAACGAUAAAUACGGAUCAAAGAAACAAAGCGAUAGAAAGGGUAAAUUGCUCUCGUUUGGACGCGAAGGUUUGUCGAAAAAUAGUGGAAAUGUGGGUCACACGACAACGAUGUUGAGGAGAAAUAGUUCGAACGCUUUGACGGACGUGAACGCGAAAAAAUCGAAAGUUUCAUCAUACCCGGCACCGGCACCUGCGCCAGCGCAUUUUCCCCCGACCCAGCUGAAUGUCCAGAACAGCGUCACUUCGCUGCGGCGUUGUCGAUUAAACUGCGUAGCAUUAAUGUUCGCUUUCGUAGUGAUCGUCGUAUGUAGUUCGUAAAAGAGUCCGUCGUGUACAGACCGCACGACGAGUACAAAUUACGUUAAUAGUAGGCCAAAAGAAUAUCGAAAACAAUCCAAUUGCGUCCUGGCUUCCGGUUACUUUACGUUCCUUGCGUUCCCGAAAUGUUACCGAGAUUUUACGUUUCACCGCCGACGCGGACUCGUCGCUUCCCUUAUACUAAUUAAACGGUUGCGUCACCUUCACAGCGAGAACGAUCAAUUUUCUUUUUUUUUUUUUUCGUUGUUGUUGUUGGGAGGUGGUAGAUGAGGUUGCGUUCUUGCGAUUUGGGAUAAUUAAAAUAUAGUAGAACUUCAUUUGUCCGAAUUAGGGGACUAAUCAUCAGGUUUGGAUGACUGGAUAGUUGAUGCAACUUGAGUUCACGAAUUUUCAUCGCUUAUGGUAGAUUCGAGUCAUCUUCAACCAGACUUUGAUAAUGAAAAGUUACGUUUGUAUGCUUUUAAUGUUUU